AAAAUAAAUGACAUCCACAUGAAUUCCAGCCUUCUUAACACCUCACAAUCUUUUAAAGAUAUCCACUUGCAGAUAUAUUUCUCGAAUAGACUUUGGGGGAAUCAGUCAAAUAAUUAGAAAAGGAGGAGGAGGAAGAAAAGCCUGCGGAAGCUUUUCAGUGAAGAAUUACAGCAGAAAGACAGAAGCAGCAUGGCUCUGGAGAACUGUUUACGAGUGAGCACAGUGGGUAUGACCAGGCCUCAGUGCAUUCAUCCAUUUUCUUCGAGGACAAGGAUUGUUUUCCCCCAUUUCAAGGGAUUCAAAUCAACGGCAUCAAGCCCCUCUCUUAAAUCAGCGACUGGAAAUUCCCGAAGAUCCCGUUUCAUUUGCAGUGCUCGAGAAACCGUUGACGAAGUUCUAGUAGUGACAGAUUCAACCUGGAAUAACUUGGUGAUAGCAAGUGAAACGCCAGUGCUGGUGGAGUUCUGGGCACCAUGGUGUGGACCGUGCAGAAUUAUAGCCCCUGUGAUUGAUGAAUUGGCCAAAGAGUAUGCUGGCAAGAUUGUAUGCUUGAAGCUCAACACCGAUGACUGUCCAGACAUCCCCACACAGUAUGGAAUCAGGAGCAUACCAACAGUUCUCUUCUUCAAAAAUGGUGAGAAAAAAGAAAGCGUUAUUGGUGCGGUACCCAAGUCUACGCUGUCCGCAACGCUGGAGAAAUAUGUAGAUGUCUGAACCCAGAGAAAGGACUGGAACCGAAUCGACAUGAAAUUUCAGAUACAUGGCUAUUUUUCGUUCUCUUUGCUUGUAAACUACUAGUUUAUUCGGACGGUCAUUCCUUUCCUCGUUUCGAUACAUAAAUAAUACUUUGUUCCCUUUGUAUUUUCCUUCACUUAAGGGUGCAAUGGAUGAACGCGGGAUGGAGGAAAA